UUUUCAGGAUGAUGUGAUUUAAAAAAAAUAUUUUAUCAUUUUAAAAUUCUUCUUAUCUGUCGUAUUUGAAUCUGUUAUUAUUUUUUUUAUUUUAGCCAAAGCUUAUAAUUAAGUUUAUAAAUUUUUCAUCAAAAAGGGAUUUUAUAUUAUUUUGUGAUUACAGUAAAGAGUUAGUUUUUAAGCGUAGGCAGCAGAUGUGAUGGAGGUGAUGCAGUAGAGAAGAAUAAAAUAUGUUCAAAGUUAGGGAAAAGUUAUUUCUUAAAAGAUUAUGCAAAAUGAUGUUGUUACUCAGUGUCCUGUCAAUUUUUCUUUGGAUCAAUGUGGGAAGUUUUUAUGAGCAAGAUUACAAUGCAGACUGGAGGAAGGUAGACUACAAAGUAUGCCACGUGAACUUGAACGAUAUGAGAAGUCACCUGAAUAGUGACGCAACAAAGAGUUUGAAGAUGAUAUAUUAUGUGACCCCGACUUAUCCGAGGCCUGAGCAAGUACCGGAGUUGACAAGGCUGGGGUACACGUUGAUGCAUCUCCCUCGCUUGCACUGGAUAGUGGCUGAUGACAACCCCACAUGCUCAGAUGUACUUUUGAACAUUUUAAACAAGACUGGUGUGCCUUUCACCCUGUUAUCAAGUCCUAAGCCUUUUACCCACAAGAAGGAUACUUCCCGCGGUGUCGCCAACCGCCUCGCAGCCUUAUCCUGGCUCCGGCAGAACGUUCGAGAAGGUGUCCUCUAUUUUGGAGACGACGAUAACACGGUGGAUUUGCAGCUCUUUGAUGAAAUAAGGAAUACAAAGAAAGUGUCCAUGUUCCCUGUUGGACUCAUUUUAGGAUUUGGCGUGUCUUCACCAGUAGUUAAUAAUGGAAAGGUGGUCGGUUUCUUCGACUCGUGGCCCGCAUCCAGAACAUUCCCCGUCGACAUGGCCGGCUUCGCUGUCAACAUCGAGUUCCUCAAGCCCACCGCGACCAUGCCCUUCAACGCUGGCUUCCUCGAAGACGCCUUCCUCCGCAGCUUGGGCCUCAAAAUGGAGGACAUCGAACCCUUAGCUGACAACUGCACUAAAGUCCUCGUCUGGCAUACUCAAGCAUUAAAAAAUAAGGUACCCACUUUGAAAAUCGAUGUUGACACUUUACAGUCACAUUAUUACUCGAAUUUACUUGAUCUGCUUAAAGAGAUGACUAGGACGCAUAUGGUUAGUUUGAGCCCCAAUCGCGGUGCUAGGCCCUUUGUGACGCACGAUCGGCGCACUUUUGAUAUUUCGUGAAUUCUAGUCAUAUAUACAUACGGAUUGCAGCUAACAGGUCUACAGAGUAAUGCUUUGCAUAUAGGAAUGGUCUUUAUCGUGCGUGAACAUACUUUAUGUACGUUUGAUUACUUAAACUAUACUUUAACUUAUUUAUCCUGUAACUUUAUUAAGUUAUAAAGUAAUCGUUCAUGUAUAACGGUGAAUAUGUUUUAGAACAAUGUGACUAUAUCUGUCUUUGUUGUGAAAUAAUUUAGAAUGGAUAACUAUUCAAUUAUAUUAAGUAAACUUACGGCCUAUCACAUUUGUUAUUUACUUAUUAUUAAAUUUAUAGCAACGUUACCUACCUACCUAUAUGAAAAGCAGGCUACAUUUUUAUUUUGUUAUUAUAGUUUUAAUUAAUUUUAAGAUUGUAAUUUAUUUAAAUCAGAUAUCGCUCAAGAGUUACAUAUAGAUAUUUUUUUAUGUAGUAUUUUAGUUUAAUGCAAGUGUUAGUCAGUCGGUGAAGAUUUGGGCCUAUAAUAAUUAUUAUGUGCAAUUUAUACAUUGAAAUAUUAUACUCAAUUUGCCACAUGGUAUUUUAUAGUUUAAGCAGUACAAUCAUUCUUUAGUCAAGAGUCGGUAGCUAUAAUUUAAGAAAAUAGUUAUAAAUUAUAUAUCCCUGCCCGCUUUAUUUUUGUACAGUAUCAAUGUGCUACCGUCAAAAUAUGUGUGUACUUAAUUUUACGCACCUUAUAUUGGUUAAGGAAUAACCGAAACUAAUGUUGAGAACAUAAUUUACUUAUUUUAUACUAUUAUCAAUUUAGAUUUUUAAUCGAUUUUAUACGUUUAUUUUUUUAUGUAUGAAUUUUUUAAUCUCUUAUUGUUUUUUCCUUAUUGGAUAUUCAAAAAUCGCUUGAGCAAAAGAUUUUCGCACGUGGGUACGCUGUUUGAUAAUCGAUUUAUUUUUUCGAGAACCCUUUAUAACUAUGAUUUUAUAAUGUCCUUCGUUUAUAAAAAAUCACUGCUUUUGUUGUUUAUACAUAUUUUGUAAUGAUCAAUGUGGCUUCUUUCCCGCAGCUGGAGGCAUCAACUGCAUUUCCUAUUUGUUCGCCAUAAUACCUGCUUGCCAAAUUUAAAAAUAAAGUUGCUCAAUAAAUGUAUGGAGCAAACUUUUUUAAAUUUGUUAUUACAUAUUUUUUGGAAUUUAUAUAACAUUUUAUGAAAUUAAUUUCCUAUUCAGAACCAUUAGUUUAAUAAUGUGUACCUAUGUAAUUAUAUAAAAUUCACGUUGUUUGACCGUCAUGUUUUUUUGCUCUAAAAUAAUCAGCAGUUUUAUUAUAUUCACAAUAAUUAUUUACUUCUUCAACAUAAUAACAUAAAACAAUUGAAAGUAAUCUCAGUGUGUGAAUCUCUAUCAUCAGGCGUGCCAUAUUUUUCUAAACGUAUAAUAGACAUUAAGUUACAGACGCAUUAAUAUUAAUAAUGAUCAUAACACAACGCGAAAAAUUUUGUUAUCGUAGUUUUUUGUAUAAUAUUUAUUAAGCAAACGCAUAAUAUAAUGUUUGGGUUUAUAAAAGUACAUAAAUAAAUGAAGUGACGCUCGGUUUUUCAUACUAUAGGUUGUGCCUUCGGGAAGGUUUAAAAAUAUUUGUCUAGAUUUUAUUUUGCACAAGCGUGCAAUAAGUGAAUAACGUAAAGAUACUUAACGUAACAAAACCAAGGUUCUCUUACGUUAAGCCUCUUUAACUAUACGUUUAGUACUUUUUAUUAUAUGUAGUUCUGCUGUUUUGUGAUAUUAAUUUAUACCCAAUAAUGUCAGGGGGAAAUAAUUAUGGCCAUGAGUGAAUAAGACAGCGACGAGUUAUAAGCAAAUCCCUGUGGUCCUCUAAGGGGGAACCCCACGAUUGAGUUAUAUCCGUUUAUAGUAUAAACUUUAUACCCAAGUCAAUAUUAAAAAUAAAUCAAUAAGAUUAGUGAGAUAGUAACCCGUCUUCCAAUCGGGCCUGUGUAUCGUUGUUAUUAAUAUAUACCAAUGAUUUUAUUAAAGAUAGAUCACAAGCGUAUAGCUGGCUAGAUUUACAAGUAAAAAAUUUAAUAAAUAAAAAUCAUGUAUAAAAUUAUUACUAUCAAGUAAUAGCCCUUAAAAUUUACUCGAAACUUACAUAUGUAGAUAGAAACUUAUCUAGAUAUUUUUUGCGUGCAUUUUUUAGAUUUAAUAUAAAAAUACGCACAAUUUAAUGUAAUUUUUCUGUAUUGGAUACCCAACAAUUUUUCCUAAUAAACAUAUAACGAAAUUAUAUGGCUACAAUUAAUGAAUGUAAAAAUUAUAAGAAAUCGUGCACAAUCAACUCGCCCAGCGUGAGUCGUGAAUCAUGUUAUGGGUCGUUACUUUGGCCUUCGCAAAUGCAGACAUAAAAAUAAUAAGUAUCUAGAUCUUAAAUAUACCUAAUUGCGUUAAAAAGAAGCUUUUAUAAACAUAUUCUUAUUUCUCGUAAAUGUUUAUUGGGAGAAAAAUAUUUGACUUAUGUAUUAGCUUAUUGCAGGUCGUGGUUGUUAUUAUAAAGUGUUGAUUCCUUAAGUCGCAUCUCACGACAUUGUCGAGAGAAUAAAACGGAUACUGCCCAAGUAAUUGUUUAUCACGUGGUGCACUUACACAAUUGUGAUUUGAUGUGAUUUAAAUGUAUUGAACUCAUAUAUACGAUUAUAUUAUACGGACAAAUGUGUGUAUAUAACGAAUAAAAUAAAC